GCCCACGAGAGCAUCCAUAAAACAACACCAAAGAGAAAAAGCUUUUCUUCUCCUUCCUACAAUUUUUUUUUAUAAUUAAAUCCUCAAUCAAAUACAGUUUAAUUUGCAACCCCAAGCUCUUCCUUUUUAGAAUCAGCCAAAAUUCCAUCGAAAUCACCACUAUAUCUACCUCUACUUUUUCUCUCCUCCCCUGUUUUCUUAUUGUACUCGCAUUCUCCUCUAAUUGAUCUCUUUUUUAUACUCUCUCUUUACUCCCUUAUUCACCUGAAUUUUGCAUCUUUUUCUUUUAUUGCAUUACUAACGUUUAUAUUCAGAGAAAGAGAGUGAGAAAUAUGAAGAAAGUUGUGGUGAAAUUGGAUUUACAUGAUGACAAGGCCAAACAAAAGGCUCUCAAGGCAGUUGCAUCUAUUCCAGGGAUCGAUUCAAUCACCAUGGACAUGAAAGAGCAGAAACUGACAGUGAUUGGGGCAGUUGAUCCAGUCACCAUAGUGAGCAAACUAAGGAAAUUCUGGCGAACCGAAAUAUUUUCAGUUGGGCCUGCAAAAGAACCAGAGAAGAAAGAAGAACCGAAGAAAGAGGAAGCGAAGAAAGAAGAGCCGAAGAAAGAAGAACCAAAGAAGGAAGAAACAAAGACGGAAGAGCCCAAAAAAGAGGAGCCCAAAAAAGAGGAGCCCAAGAAAGAAGAGGCAGAGAAAAAGAAGGAAGAACCUGAGAAAAAAAUUGAUCCUCAGGAGCUAUUUUACCAAGAACUUGUCAAGGCAUAUAAAUCCUACAACCCUCAUAUGACUACUCAUUAUUAUGUGCAGAGUGCAGAGGAGAAUCCAAAUGGUUGUGCUAUCAUGUAAUGAGAAGCCAAGGAGGUCAUGAAGAAGCGAGAUUAUCUUUGUACAGUUUGAUGUUGUGGGAUUAUUAUCAUUAUUAUGGUUAGCUUUAAAUAAAUUAUGCAUGUGUAAUAGUUUUCUAUUGGUAAUAUUUUUGAUGGGGUAACGUUCUAGUAGAGCACAUAUACAUGUACUAAAGAAUAUUUAGGUGGUACUCUGUUUUGAAUCUCAAUAAGAUGAGUUCUUGAUGUGGUGGUUGUCUA